AUGCCGGACUUCAACGCGCAUGGCCUGGACCCAAGUUGGGCCGAGCCGGAGGCGGAGCGGGUGCAGGAGUUCUUCGACAGUCUGUCGGAGAAGUAUGUCCGCGAAGAGCCGCUGCUCAUUCAGGACACCACCAAAGAGGAGCUGGAUUAUAUUGCCGCCAGGGCGGCGGAGGCGGCGCUCGCCCGGGAGGCCGGAAGUGCUGGCCAUGAGGAGGACGAGGCCGACUCGGCCACGGAGGAGAAAGAGCUCGCCCAGUGGGCAGAGUCUGCCGAGGAGGCUAGCGGUGCCAACGCUGAGGCCCCCCUAGUUGAAGAUGUGGACGAGGAGUUGACCGAGGAAGAGGCCGAGGCCGUCGAUCCUCCGGCAGUGGGAAAAGACACGUCUUGUGCCGGGCUGGCUCCGGCGAGCCGGUCUGGCCCGGCAGGACCGUGCAGCGGCAACAGGGACACGGAGACGCUGGCGCAGAGGGUGGCGAAGAGAGCCAAGGCCUCGACGGGCGACAAGCUCCCGGCGGGAGAAGAACGGCAGCAGGAGGAGCCACCGAGAGCUACACACAACAUGCCGCCCUCCUAG